AUGACUGGAUCAGUUUAUACAUUCUUUGUCGCGGGAUGGCAUUAUGUUCCAGGACCUUAUGUUUCCAAAAUACAUGUUGAUCCUGGAAGAAUUUCUAAAGAGAAUGUAGUUAAGGCUUGUAAAAUGUUUGAAUAUGAUUGUUUAAUGUUUGAACCAAGAAUUUGUAGAACUUGUUUAUUUCCAAAACCUGCUAGAUCAAAACAUUGCUCACUAUGUAAAAUGUGUGUGGCAAAAUCUGAUCAUCAUUUUCAAAUAUGUUUCUAUGGAACAUAUAUAAUAUUAUGUAUAUUUUGUGGAAUAGCUAAAAACAUGAAGUUAUCUUCAGCUUUGGUUAAAAAUCCAAUAACAGGAAUGAAAAGACUAUUUAUUGCUUUAGUUGGAAUAGUAAUUUUAGUAUUCUUAGGUUAUCAAUUUUAUUUAAUUUUCUCUGGUUUUACGUCCAAUGAAUCAUCAAAAUGGUCAGAAGUUGAAGAAAUUAUUAUGGAUGAAGAAUUAUGGGUAUAUGAAAGUGAAAUUGAACCAAAGUCAAAUGAUAAUAAUGAUAAUAAUAACAAAUCUAGAAAAAAGAAAAAGAAUAAUGAUAAUGUGAAUAAGAAAGAUAUAGGUAUUGAAGAAAAAGAGAGAAAAGUGAAUAAUAAUAUUAUUAUUAAAGGCAAUAAAACGUAUUGGAUAAAACCUAAUAAUCUUAGAAAUAGACAAAAUAAUCAAAAUAGUAAUAAUAAGAUAACAAGUGAAGGAAGUAAUGCAAAUAGUUCAAAUAGUGCAAAUAUGAAAUCAAUAUCGGAAGUAAAGAAUAUUUAUGAUAAAGGAAAAUGGAAUAAUCUUCUUGAGGUUUUGUUUCCACCUUCGUUAUAA